AUGGAAACCGCGACGAAUGUGCCGGCCCGCCUGGAAGACUACGUGGGCUUCUACGGCGACCCGUUCGUGACCCUACGAGACUUUGACGACGACGACGACGACGAUGUGACAACCAGCCUGGCUCUCAUCGGGAAAGGAAAGUCAGCUCAUAGUCUCUCUGGUGAAAGUGACAUCACAGAGACGAAUCCAGUCCAAGGGGACGAUGAGGAGGCCGAGUGGACUAAAUACAACCCGCCAGCAUCCCUCAAAACGGCCCCAAACCUCACUAACACAGUAGCCCUCGAGAUCCUCCAGGUGUCCAUCCAGAACCUGGAGGCGAGAGCCGCCGAGGAGAAUCAUCGGCGGCAGCUAGAAGAAGACGAGAGACAGCGAGAAGCCGAAGCAGCAAACGCAAACGAUGAUGGAGACGGCACGGUAAAGGAGCCAUAUCUGCCCAUCAUCAUCACCCCCGACGGAGGACCCGAACCGUCCGAAUGCGUCUCAUGCCUCGACGACUUCAGCCCCAAGAAAGCGAUCAAACUCACAUGCCACAGCUACUGCCGCGACUGCUUCGAGCGCCUCAUCUCCACCGCCGUCCAAAACGAACACCACUGGCCUCCCAAAUGCUGCCUCACCCCGAUCCCAACCCGCACCGUCCACCGCCACAUCUCCACCGAGCUCUCCAAAACCUGCAAAGACCGCGCCGUCGAGUGGGCGAUCCCCAUCACCGACCGCAUCUACUGCGCCGACCCGUCCUGCGGCGUCUGGGUGCGACCAGAACACGUCGACGGCGCCUCGCGCCGAGCCCUGUGCCGCGGCCCCAACGGCAGCCACCUCACCUGCAGCAUCUGCCGCGGGCCACACCACGCCGACGACGCGGACUGUCCGCUGGACGCGGACCUCGCGCUGACGAACGCGCUGGCCGAGGAGGAAGGGUGGCAGCACUGCGGCCGGUGCCAGGCGCUCGUCGAGCACCGCGAGGCGUGCCAGCACAUGACGUGCCGGUGCGGCUACCAGUUCUGCUACGUCUGCGGCUUACAGUGGCGGACGUGCGCGUGUACCAUGCAGCAGCUGCAGACCAUCAAGACGGGAGCCGCGGCGCGGCGGGCGGAGAGGGUGCGGCUCGAGGCCGAGGCGGAGGAAGAGCUCCGCGACGCGCUGCGGCAGAUUGAGGAGUUUGAGCGCGAGGAGGCGCUCAAGGCUGAGCUGCUGCGUCUCGAGAUGGAGAGGCUUGAGGAGGAAGCGCGGAGGGCGGAGGAGGAGGAGCGGGUUCGGCUCGAGAGUUUGAGGCGGUACGAGGUCGAGGUGCGGUACCAGGAACUUCGGGAGCUGCUGGACCAGAUCCACGAUCUGCAGGAGUUCUUGGUGCGGUACCAGCACGACAAGGAGAAGGAGCUCGCGGCCAACGAGGCGCAGACGUCGACGGCGGAGCUGGAGUCGAAGCAGGAGGCCGAGCAGCGAGUCCUCGUCGAGAUGGCGGCGGAGAAGCUGGCGACGAAAGUCAAGAGUCUGACGACGGAGUACGGCGCACGCGUGCUGGCGGAGCAGAGGACGGAGGAGACGUACCUGCGGCAGCUGGAGAGUUUCUUCGCGGACCGCCCUUCGAGCGAGGCGCGGAUCGAGGCGCUGAUGCGGGAUUUCCGCAGGGAAUUGGAUAGGGGUUGGCGGGCGUGGGAGCGGUGGCGGGACGAGGAGGUGGCGCGGUAUAAGAUCAAGGUGGAAGAGGAGCGGACGAUUCGGGAGGAGAUUAUGUAUAGCGUCCGCAAGCGGCACGAGGAGAGGCUCGAGAGGGCGCUGGCGGAGCUUGAGAGGAGGCAGGCUGCUGAGAUUAAGUGGGUUACGUUGGCUGUUGCCGAGAGGACGCGGAUGCUGGGUGAGAGGGAGAGCGCGGAGUUGGAGGGAGAGGGUGUGGAGAGGAAUGAGGCUUUGGUCGGGGAGAGGGAUGGGGAGGCUGGGGAUAGUUGA